CUGGGGCUUUGUGCAUGGAAACGGGGAAGGGAGGAGGAGAAAGAAGGUGGCUUGCAUAGCCUGUGAGACCACCCAGGCCACCUCUGUUCUCCCCAUUCUCCCCACUGCAGCAAGCAUUUGCAAACAGAACCCUAUCCCACAGCCACGCUCCACACGCCUUGCCUCCUCCCCCUAUAUCCAUCCAUCCAUCCAUCCAUCCAUCCAUCCAUCCAUCCAUCCAUCCAUCCAUCCAUCCAUCCAGUUCCUGACUUUGUGCAGGACAGCCUGGAGGCAGCUCAGGUCAUAGCAGCGGGUCCCUUCUGGGGUGCAGGGUGCCUGUGGGGUGCCAUGGGGCCAUGUGAGCCUCACCUGCCAGAGGAGGGCACAGUGCUGCCCCUGCCUCAGUUUGCCAUUCCCCAGCCAUAGGAUAUUCAAGCUGCAGAUCUGGAGCUGGGGAGUUAGCUGGGGCAUGCCCCCUUUCUGAAGACCACCGUGUCCCACAGGCUCAUCUCGCCCUCCCGCCAUGGCAUCGCCGGACGGAGCCAGUGGUGUGGGUGGCAGUCCCGAGGAGACAGAGCUCAGCAUCACCCUGACCCUCCGCAUGCUCAUGCAUGGCAAGGAGAUCGGCAGCAUCAUCGGCAAGAAAGGAGAGACUGUUAAGAGGAUACGAGAGCAGAGCACUGCACGCAUCACUAUCUCAGAAGGGUCCUGCCCCGAGCGCAUCACCACCAUCACCGGCUCCACCGACGCCGUCUUCCGCGCUGUCUCCAUGAUCGCCUUCAAGCUGGAGGAGGACCUGGGAGCAGGGGGCGAUGGGGUGUCAGCAGGCAGAGCCCCGGUGACCCUGCGCCUUGUCAUCCCCGCCAGCCAGUGCGGCUCCCUCAUCGGCAAGGCGGGAGCCAAGAUCCGGGAGAUCCGGGAGAGCACAGGGGCACAGGUGCAGGUGGCUGGUGACUUGCUGCCCAACUCCACUGAACGGGCUGUCACGGUCUCGGGAGUGCCAGACACCAUCAUCCAGUGCGUGAGGCAGAUCUGCGCUGUCAUCCUGGAGUCGCCUCCGAAGGGGGCCACCAUACCCUACCACCCUGGUCUGUCCCUGGGCACCAUCCUGCUCUCUGCCAAUCAGGGCUUCUCCAUGCAGGGCCAGUACAGCGGGGUCUCUCCUGCAGAGGUGACGAAGCUGCAGCAGCUGUCAGGGCAUGCGCUUCCCUUCGCCCCCCUGGGCCAUGCACCCACCAUGGUGCCAGGUCUGGAUGCCAGCUCCCAAAGCAGCUCCCAGGAGUUCCUGGUGCCCAAUGACCUCAUCGGCUGCAUCAUCGGCCGGCACGGCAGCAAGAUCAGCGAGAUCAGGCAGAUGUCAGGUGCCCACAUCAAGAUUGGCAACCAGACCGAGGGCUCCAGCGAGCGGCAUGUGACCAUCACAGGGACCCCUGUCAGCAUCACCCUGGCUCAGUACCUCAUCACAGCCUGCUUAGAGACUGCUAAAUCUACCUCUCAGGUGCCACCAGGCCCUGGCUCCAUGGACCUCGGCAUGGGUUUCUCGCAGCCCCUCGCCCCAGGCUCUGGUGCGGCUCUCCCCGCCGUGGCCCCAGCGCCCCCGGCCCUGCUGGGCACCCCCUACGCCAUCUCCCUCUCCAACUUCAUCGGCCUCAAGCCCGUGUCCUUCUUGGCAUUGUCCCCCUCCUCUGUGGCAAGUCCCAAUGGUGGCACCACCACCUACACAACCAAGAUCUCGGCGGCCAACGGCACCAAGAAAGCUGACCGGCAGAAGUUCUCGCCCUACUGAACCCCACUGGUGGCUGGACCAGGGGGUCCAGGGUGCUGUUCAGUAGCAGGGACACCUUCCUGCCACCCACCCUGAUCUCAGCCUCUGCCAGGUGCCCCAUGUCCCCCACCCCAGGGAAGGGAAGGGUCUUCCUGGUGGUGAUGCCUGCUGGAGGAAGGGGCAGUUUUGUUGCCUGCUGUCCAUCCCAGCAGCUCUGUGCCCCUCUCCCUAAUUUUCUGCACAGAGGCCAUGUGUCCCAGUAUUGGGUGGGGGGGCUGUCCCUGCUGGCCUAGGGUCCCUUCUCCCAGUGCCCUGUGCUGGUGUGGGACCCCUACUUCCUGCUCCUCACCCUGCCUCCCCUGCCAUUCUGCUCAUGCCCACACUCCAUCUGGCACCCAAAGCCAGGUCCCACUGGAUGAAGGCUGCCUGGCCUCUCCAGGAGUCCCACUGGCUCUGGUGGGGAG